GAGCGAGCGCAAUUGCAGAUGCGGUUUAUGUUAUUUGUAAUUUGUAAGUGAGAAACUCCAUCAGUCGCCAUGGGGUCGUGGACGCGGAUGGUCGUGCUUUUACCGUUCUUCACGUCGACAUUCUGCACGCCUCUCAUCAAUGAACUUGAACCAGGAAAAGAUUGGCCAACGCGUGGUUCAGUAAAACAACCAUACAACCAAACAGAUGAUGUACAAGACCCAAUUGAAGCUUCGACUACUACUAGCGAACUUGUAAACGAAACACCAUCCAGUGGCAAAGAUGAAUUAGAAGAUAUAACUAUCAUCGCCAGAGCAGCUGAGGGAAACGCAAAAGUAGACUACUCGGGCGCGCAACUAUGGAAAGUUUCGACAGAGAAAAACGGUGUUCGGGUGAUUCUAGGAAGGCUUAAACGAAGAAAUCUUAUAGCUACGUGGGCUGGUAAUCAGACAUAUGUGGACGUACUGAUCAAGCCAAACGCUGUGGCGAACGUGACUAGAGUGUUCUCUAGGGAGAAUAUAUCAUACGAUAUUAUCAUUGAUGAUUUACAAAAAAGGAUUAACGAGGAAAACCCACCGUUAGACGAAAAUGAAAUAGAACUACAGAACAGACGAGGUCACCGUAUGACGUGGAAACAGUAUCACAGAUUGCAAGAUAUUCAUGAAUUUUUGGAUUAUUUAGCUACAACAUACCCGAAAAUUGUUAGCGUGAACACUAUUGGAAAGUCAUACGAAGGAAGAGAUCUUAAGGUACUGCGUAUAUCCAAUGGCAAUCCAAGCAACAAAGCAAUUUUUAUUGAUGGAGGAAUUCACGCGCGAGAAUGGAUUAGUCCAGCGACAGUUACGUUUUUCAUAAAUCAAAUUGCGGAGAACUUCGCGGAAGAAUCCGAGGACUUUAAGGGAAUUGAUUGGUAUUUCUUACCAGUAGUCAAUCCUGAUGGUUAUGAAUACACUCAUUUAGUGGAUCGCUUAUGGCGCAAGAAUAGAAAACCGGCUUACGCUGGCAGAGCAUGUUUUGGUACGGAUCUCAACAGAAACUUUGGUUAUCGUUGGGGUGGUAAAGGAGCAUCGAGCAACCCUUGCAGUGAAAUUUACCGCGGCUCUCGAGCAUUCUCAGAGCCAGAAUCCCGCGCUCUGUCCGAGUUCAUCAAGACAAGUGCAGCUAACUUCUCAGCCUAUUUAACAUACCACAGCUACGGACAGUAUCUACUGUAUCCAUGGGGUUAUGACAAUGCAGUACCCCCAGAUCAUAAGGACUUGGAUGUUGUUGGGAAAAAUAUAGCUGAAGCAAUUCAAAAAACAGGUGGUUCGAAAUACUCAGUUGGUUCAUCAAGUGGACUUUUAUAUCCAGCGUCAGGCGGUUCAGACGACUGGGUCAAAGCUCAAGGCGUCAAAUAUACAUUCACAGUGGAACUAAGUGACACGGGCCGAUAUGGAUUCAUACUACCCACCACUAAUAUCGAACCAGUUGCUAGAGAGUCACUCGCUGGUCUGAGAAUACUAGCUAGCUAUGUAAGCAAACUCUAAGCAUUAGAUAGAUACUUUUAUGUUAAGCUAUUUAAUUAUUUAUGAUGCCCAUGUUGUGAUAUCAAGUUUGAUACAUGUAUUUAAAAAAUUGUAAUGAAUAUUUAAAUUAUUUAAAAAUAUAAUUAAAUAUUUUUUUUUGUA